UUUGCGCAACAGUGCUCCUAGGUGAGCAGUGUGUUUUCUUGUCAAGUAACUUGAGCUAAAAUCCACUCGGGCAGGACUUCUAUUGGCCUUUUCUUAAGGUUUAGAAGGAGGAGGCCAUGGAGACUGGCAGUACCGAGGACAUUGAGUCCCUCAUGGAGGACAUGGACUACAUCCCUGGUCACUUCCACCUAGAACUUAACCUAAACUGUGAUCCCGUUGGACCUGUGAAGCUACGACAUCGGGACACUCAUCUAAAACAGGAGAGUCUGCGAGCGGAGCUUGAGACCGAGGUGGUGUAUCUACAAUACGCCAUCCAAAAUCUUCAGGGCCUGCUGGCUUUUCACCUUGAAGAGCUGGACAGGGCAGAAGAAAUAUUCAGGAGCAUUUGUAAAGAGGACCCUGGAAACCUCAACGCCUGGGCCAACCUGGGCUACGUGUACGACAAGCUGGGGAGGGAGCUGGACGCAGCGGAGUGUGUGGACAAAGUGUCCUAUCUUAUGGGCUUAAAUGCCGGAGAGGCCUCCCGGGAGGAGACCAGGGUACUGGCUGCACGCUGCCUGGCCGAGCAGGCCUACGUGCAUCCCUACGAUGUGGAGCUGGACGGCGAGGACGACCUGAGAGAGAGGCUGAUGGCAGCGCUGACACUUUACAAUAGGGCACUGGUUUAUGGAGAUGAUCUGAUUUCAAUAGAGGAAAAAAGAAGCUGGUAUUUUAAAAUGGCAGUCAUCUAUGUAAGACUGGACGACAUCAUAAAGACCAAAGCGGAUUCUGAAUACUCCAGACUCACUCACUACAACAAGGGACUGAAACUUCUCAAAGAAACACUGGAAUCCGAGAAAAUGCAGCACAAAGCUCUAGCCUGGUGUUACAUCGGAAUCAUGUUGGAAAGGAAGGAUGAGUUUUCUUCGGUGCCGAUGUCAGUACACGACUGUGGCUUCUCAGGCUCUGAUCCUCUGUCCUGCUUUGGAACCGCCAUAAAUAUGGCCAGUGAUGAUGCAUUCACCCUGAACCUUCUGGCCAGGCUCUUUGUUCUUCUGGGCAAACAUGAGAUGGCAACGGGGAUCUGCAACAUGGCCCUGAACGUGCUGCCAGAUCCAGAGCUCAACUGGCAGGCUUACUGCACCCGUGCCAAGAUCAAUAUGGUCCUAUAUGUCAGAGACCUGGAGAAGGCAAAGCAUCAUCAGGGUGCAAUCCCAGACCGACAGAAGCUAAACGAAGCUAGAAAGGACUUGGACAAGGUGCUCAGUGUACGUCCCUGCCUGCGAACUCAUCUAGAAAUGGCACAGGUUUACUACUACAUGGGAGUAGACGCGCUCCAGGAGAGCCUUCUGGUGAAUGAGAAUGCGGUGAACAGCGCCUUGGUCAGUCUGUCUCACGCCCUGCAGUGCGAACUGGCCGACAGCUUGCCGGACUUGCAUGUUCUCAGAGGGCGCUGCCUCCUAAUGAAAGGCGAGGAGCAGAACGCCGCGGACUGUUUCCAACGGGCCAUGGAGUUAGAAAGACCAGGGAACACAGACACCACAGCGCUGCGCUGCCUCCUAGAGGCUCUCCUUGCCCUGUACAUGCAGGAAGGCCCCGAUCCCGACUCUGCCGUCACCCAGCUGGAGCUGUGGGUGCGCAAGGCGGAGGAGAGGUACCCUCAGGACCUGGUAAAUGCCGAGCUGAGGAACCUGUACAUGACACACACGGCUGAGGUCACAGAGUUAUCCAGGGCUCUGAUUAAGACGGGACGGCUGAACCUGGUGAGGACGCUCCUGGACAUAGUGGUGCCUAAACAACUGGCCAAGAGGAGACAAGUGGCUCGAUCUUUCUCAUAUACAUGAAGCAAAGAUGUGACUUCAAGAGCACGUGACCAUACACACAGUAAUUAAUGAAAGUCUUCACUCCAUUUCACAGAUUUAAAUGAAACCGUUACAAUAAGGUGUCUGUGCUGUCACAGGGUACACUUACCAAGUUUUUGGGCUUUAUUUUCUUGAUGGUUAAUUUUGGAUCCUGCUAUUCAGACUUGCAGUUUGCACAGUGAAAAGUUUGACCUCUGGUGCUUUAAUAAGAGGGCUCUAUACGACCACUCCCUGAAUGGGUGCUGUACCACUGAUGACCAGUAGGUGGGGGUGUAGACCCAAAAUAAAAGAAAAGAUUUUGCCUGGUUUUUGAAAUUUUGUUUGGUACACAGAAAAUUAUUAAACCACAAAUUUCUGAAUUGCAGUGUAACUCUGUAUGCAUGGACUGUUGUACACCACGUAAUAAAUGAUGGUCUUGAUAUACAGACAGCUGACAAA